AUUCUCUUUUCUUGAGUAGUUUUUUUUUUUUAAUUAUCCUGUUGAAUUAUCUGUUAGACACGUUGCACCCUUGGCUUAACAGCAUGCUUUGGGAUGCAGUGAUGCUCCAAGUGAUGCGCUAUCGCUGCUUAUGUGGGCGGGCCCAGGAGCAACUUUCCCAGCUGGUGAUUUGAUGAGCAGAGGAUUUUCCAGUGUCAGUAUCCCUCAGCCUGCUCAGGUUCGGAGUUGCGGCGUUUGUCCUGCCUCCUCACAGUGCGCUCAACUCUCAGGGAGAGGAGAAAUCUGCGCCUUUUUUUCAUGAAAGCCCUUUUACCAUCAGUGUGAGAGCUGGGCUUAAGGGGGAGGGAUACUGAAGGGCCCAGUCUGGCUGAUAAUACAUCCUUAUAACUUUCACACAUGGCGCUGUAGUACAAGCACAUUUUUCUGUGGAUUUUUGAAAAGGACCUUAUUUCAAAGAAAGUCGCCCGAUUUCUGUGCCAUUCCGGGCGCCCACAAUGGAGAUGCAAAGAUGGACCACCAGGUGGAAAACGAAAAGGUGGCUAUGGGAUUCAACGCUAGCCGCUGUGGUCACGUUAAUUUUAAUCCUACAAACUGACAGUGUUAGAGCAGCUGAACCCGUGGAUGUACUGAAGGUUCUCGACUUCCAGAGCACUCCUCAAGGAGUACGGAAAACACCAGGCUUCUGCACGUUACGGAGAGGAUCCAAACCCGACACGGCGUACAGAGUUGGAAAAAAAGUCCAGAUCAGCGCUCCGACCAAACAACUAUUUCCAGGGGGGAUUUUCCCAGAGGAUUUCUCCGUCCUUUUCACCAUCAAGCCCAAAGCUGGCCGUCAGUCCUUCCUCCUAUCUGUGUACAACCAGCAAGGCAUCCAGCAGCUGGGUGUGGAGGUGGGCCGGGCCCCGGUCUUCCUGUAUGAGGACCAACAUGGCAAGCCCGCCCCAGAGGAGUACCCUUUGUUCCGCUCCAUCAACCUUGCUGAUGGCAAAUGGCAUCGAGUUGCUAUCAGCGUGGAGAAGAAGAGUGUUACUAUCAUUGUGGACUGUAAGAAGAAAGUAACCAAGCCACUGAAAAGAAGUGACAAGGCGAUAAUCAGCACAGAGGGCAUUACUGUCUUUGGCACCAGAAUCCUGGAUGAUGAAGUCUUUGAGGGUGACAUCCAGCAGCUGUUAAUAGUGGCUGACCCCAGGGCAGCCUAUGACUACUGUGAACACUACAGCCCUGAUUGUGAAACACCCAGCCACCAUGACACCCCACAGGCACAGGAACCCGUGGACGAGUACAAUAAUUACGACUAUGGUGACACCUAUGACUAUGACGUAGAGGAGAUAACCACUGAAGCUCUCCCAACAGAUGGAGCGAAGCCUGAGACAAACGCGGGUGGAGAUUAUUACACUGGUGAGUAUGACUACACCACAGUGGAUGGAAGCCAGCCUGAAACUCCAACCGACACUGCUGGCCAGACUUAUGAAGGGGAAAUAGUUGAUGAUUACAUCACCGGUGUGGAUCAAGUCGGGGUGGACCCCACUGUUCCUGUGGAAGCUGUUGUCCCAGUGGAAACCGAGAAGAAUGUGGAUCCAGCACCUGACCAAUACGAAUUUAAGGAAUACGACCUGAAGGAAUACGGGAACAAAGAGUCUGUUGACAAAACCUAUGACUACGGUGAUUAUGGUGAUUACGGUACCACUGAUGCCAAGCCUCCAACUGAGACGUACGAGGAGGAGUUUGGUCCUGGAGUUCCAGCGGAGAAAGACUUCGGUGUGGGUAGGGGUCAAAGUUACCUGGGAGAAAAAGGAGAGAAGGGGGAACCUGCUGUCAUUGAGCCGGGGAUGCUUUUAGAAGGACCCCCAGGAGCCCCUGGCCAAGCAAGCGACGGUUUUGCUUCUGCCUUUGUUGGCAUCUGCGUGUGUAGCUAUAGAGAGAUUGAAUGGGGGUCGAAGAACUGGUUAAUGGUAGUUUGUGGUAAUGUGGUAAGUGUAUGUGCAUCUGGUUUCAGGGUCUUCCUGGUUCCCCAGGAUUGCAAGGACCCCUGGGUGCCCAUGGUGAUCCUGGUGAGAGGUAUCCGGCUGCUCUCAGUGUCUGAUCGUCUCAUCUCUCUUGGUCCUCCAGGACGUCCUGGUAUUCCUGGUUCAGACGGUGUCCCCGGGCCUCCAGGUACCAUUCUGAUGCUGCCAUUCCGUGCAGGUGGUGAGGCACACAAAGGACCUGUGGUGACAGCACAGGAAGCCCAGGCUCAGGCCAUCCUCUCUCAGGCUAGAUGUUGUUUAUGGAUUGUUUUGGUCCUAUUCACAGCUAACAAUGAGAGGUGCUCCAGGGCCAAUGGGCAUGGCAGGGAGAUCCGGUCCUGUGGUAUGGAGGUCCUGGGGCACCCGGACUUAAAGGUGACAGUGGGGACAAUGGGCCACAGGGACCCCGAGGUCUUCAGGGUCCAGCUGGUCUACCAGGGAAAGCAGGAAAAAGGGGUCGCAAUGGAGCUGACGGUGCGAGAGGGAUGCCAGGACAGUCAGGAGCAAAGGGUGACCGAGGUUUUGAUGGCCUCCCUGGUCUUCCUGGAGAGAAAGGACACAGGGGAGAACAUGGCCCCACGGGCUCUCCAGGUCCUCCUGGAGAAGAUGGUCCCAGAGGUGAAGAUGGCCAGGUUGGACAGAGAGGUGUGGCAGGAGAUAGCGGUCCUAGAGGUUUGCUUGGACCCAGAGGGUCUCCUGGCAUUGCAGGACAGCGCGGACUUCCCGGACUCGACGGGCAACCUGGUCCCAAAGGAAACAUGGGUCCACAAGGAGAGGGAGGGCCUCCUGGACAACAGGGACUGCCUGGUCCACAUUACCUCUGUUUCCUUUGUCUUUCAGGGUCUUGUUGGUCCUCAAGGUCCAAUUGGGCCUCCUGGUGAAAAAGGACCUCAAGGGAAACAGGGUCUAGCUGGACUUGGCGGAGCUGAUGGUCCUCCCGUAAAUAACACAUCUGAUGGUCAUCCAGGCAAAGAGGGUCCUCCAGGCGAGAAAGGAACAGCUGGGUUUCCUGGUCCCAUGGGAUCCAUCGGCUAUCCUGGGCCUCGUGGUGUUAAAGGCGCUGAAGGAAUUAGAGGCCUUAAAGGUGACAAAGGUGAAAAGGGAGAAGAUGGAUUCCCUGGCUUUAAAGGGGACAUGGGCCUUAAAGGUGACAAGGGCGAAGGCGGCAUUUUGGGGCCCAGAGGGGAGGAUGGCCCCGAAGGCCCCAAGGGCACGUCGGGACCCAAUGGAGAAGCUGGUCCCAUAGGCUCAGCAGGAGAGAAGCCAAAUUCAACACUUCACAUCACACUGUUGGGAAACUUGGAGUCCCUGGACUGCCGGGGUACCCUGGGAGACAAGGCCCCAAGGGCUCCAAUGGUUUCCCUGGAUUUCCUGGAUCCAAUGGCGAAAAAGGAGCCAGGGGAGUUGCUGGCAAAUCAGGCCCAAGGGGGCAACGUGGCCCAACGGGUCCACGAGGAGGACGAGGCGCGAGAGGACCAACAGGGAAGCCAGGUGCAAAGGGCACCUCAGGCAAUGAUGGACCUCCUGGCCCACCAGGAGAGCGGGGACCUCAAGGACCACAGGGACCUGUUGGUUUCCCUGGACCCAAAGGACCUAAUGGCCCACCUGGGAAAGACGGACUGCCCGGUCAUCCUGGACAACGGGGAGAGACGGGGUUCCAAGGAAAAACUGGACCUCCAGGACCUGGAGGGGUGGUUGGGCCUCAGGGACCAACUGGAGAGACAGGACCAAGUGGAGAACGGGGACACCCAGGAUCCCCUGGUCCACCUGGAGAGCAAGGUCUACCAGGAGCUGCUGGAAAAGAGGGUGGAAAGAAUGGAAGGUGAUCCAGGUCUUCACGGUCCCUCUGGCAAAGUGGGACCUGCUGGACUGAGGGGUUUCCAAGGAGCGAGAGGUCUUCCAGGGGCCAUGGGUCCAGCUGGCUUAAAGGGAGGAGAAGGUCCUCAGGGUCCGCCUGGCCCCAUUGUAAGUAGCCUGUUUCUAUGGGUUCCCCCGGUGAAAGAGGCCCUGCUGGUCCUGGAGGUCCCAUUGGCUCUACUGGACGGAAUGGCCCACAAGGCCCACCUGGGCCUGCUGGAGAAAAGGGGGCACCUGGAGAAGUUGGCGGACCUGGACAGAAGGGAAGCAAAGGAGACAAGGGUGAACUUGGUCCCCCAGGCCCAAGUGGUCUCCAGGGUGUGGUUGGCCCUCCCGGUCCAGCUGGCAGCGAUGGUGAGUCAGGGCCAAGAGGACAGCAGGGUAUGUUCGGCCAGAAAGGAGAUGAAGGACCCAGAGGAUUCCCGGGGCUACCUGGACCCAUCGGAUUGCAGGCAAGUCUUGACAAAAUCUGUCGCUAAUAAGGUUUGCCAGGCCCUCCUGGUGAGAAAGGAGAGAAUGGAGAUGUGGGAGCAAUGGGUCCACCUGGUCCUCCCGGCCCCAGAGGUCCUCAGGGUCCCAGCGGAGCUGAUGGUGCACAAGGUCCUCCUGGAGGUAUCGGUGCAAUGGGGGGUGUUGGUGAGAAGGGAGAAAACGGUGAAGCUGGCAACCCAGGACCACCUGGAGAGCCUGGCAUUGGAGGCAUUCGAGGAGAGGUUGGUGAAAAGGGAGAAACUGGCCCCCCCGGAGCUGCUGGACCACCCGGUGGCCGAGGACCACCUGGAGAUGAUGGUGCAAAGGGUAACCCUGGUCCUGUUGGAUUCCCAGGAGACCCUGGUCCCCCUGGUGAGCCUGGUGCUGCUGGUCCUCCAGGUCCAUCUGGUGAAGCUGGAGUACCAGGACCUCCUGGCAAAAGGGGGCCACUUGGACAAGUUGGUCAGGAGGGCAGACAAGGGGAGAAGGGAUCCAAAGGAGAAACUGGAGCAGAGGGACCUGUUGGGAAAACUGGACCAGUGGGACCUCAAGGUCCUCCCGGAAAAGCUGGUGCUGAAGGUCUGCGUGGUAUCCCAGGCCCUGUUGGUGAACAAGGACUCCCUGGUGCCUCUGGUCAAGAUGGCCCUCCUGGUCCUAUUCGUGCAGCAGCCAGAGCCAGCUGAUCAUAACUCUGCCCAACAGCAGGGACAUCCUGGUCUGAUUGGUCUGAUUGGACCUCCCGGGGAACCCGGAGAGAAAGGAGACAGAGGUUUGCCUGGACCUCAGGGUUUGUCAGGUGGCAAGGGUGAUUCUGGCAUCGGGGGUGCACAAGGUCCUCUCGGCCCUCCUGGUCCUCCAGGAAUUUCUGGUGCUCAAGGACAGAAGGGUUCUAAGGGAUCAAAUGGAUCCGCUGGCCAGAAGGGAGACCCUGGAUUGAUUGGGCCACCUGGACCACCCGGACCUCCUGGAGAUAUUAUCCAGCCUUUGCCCAUCCAGCAAGCUGCCAGAAAGACCCGGCGGCAGGCUGAAGUACAGGGAGAUGAGGCAUUGGCAGACUAUGGCAUGGAUGGUUUGGGCAUGGAGGGAAUGGAGGACGUGUUUGGAUCUCUUAAUAACCUCAAACAGGACAUUGAGCGCAUGAAGUUCCCCCUGGGCACCCAGGACAACCCAGCCAGGACUUGCAACGACCUGCGCCUCAGCCAACCUGACUUUCCAGAUGGUGAAUACUGGAUCGAUCCAAACCAGGGCUGCAUCGGAGACUCCAUAAAAGUUUUCUGUAACUUCACAGCAGGGGGAGAAACAUGCAUCUACCCAGACAAGAAAUCCACAGGAGUUAGAAUAUCCAACUGGCCAAAGGAGGCUCCAGGUUCAUGGUUCAGUGAAUUUAAACGUGGCAAAAUUCUGAACUAUGUUGAUGCAGCAGAAAGCACCAUCAACACAGUACAAAUGACCUUCCUGAAGCUGCUGAGCUCCUCGGCACGGCAGAACUUCACCUACAUUUGCCAUCAGUCUGUAGCCUGGUACGACGCCAAAGCCGACACCUACGACAAGGCGCUGCGCUUCCUGGGCUCCAAUGAUGAGGAAAUGUCUUAUGACAAUAAUCCCUUCAUCAAGCCGAUGAUGGACGGCUGCUCGCUGAAGCAGGGCUAUUCAAAGACAGUGAUGGAGAUCAACACUCCCCGAAUCGACCAGUUGCCCAUCAUUGAUGUCAUGCUGAAUGACUUUGGGGAGUCCAACCAGAGGUUUGGCUUUGAGGUCGGCCCCGUAUGUUUCCUCGGCUAGACACCCACACCCCCCCGCUGAAGGACAGGGUCAGAGGAUACAUACUAACACCCACAUGCUGAGAUCUGACAACCAUCACCUUCUCUCCCCGCAAAGCAAAAAACCUAUAUUUUCUUUUGUUGCCAAGAAGAUCCGCUCAUGUCUGGAGAAGAAGAAAAAGAUAUAAAGAAAUACAAGGCUUCCCCCAGGCCCUGUCAUGUAAGCGCUGCCCUGGGGAAACGACUCCUUGCCCUCGUAGGGCCAGAAUCACAUGACAUAAAUUGUAAGGGGAGUGACAUCAGGAAAAGGACAUUUGAUGCCGUGGUGGACGGUUGCACACUUUCAGCAACAGAGAGGAACUUCUCACCCAAAGCCCCCCCCCCCCCCAGUCCCCAUCCUCCUACCACAUCUCCCUCUCUGGAUGCUCCAGGUGCUGCUCUGAAUACAACCACAGAGGUGCUUUUGUGCAGAAUCACAAAACACUCAAGGUGCUACAAAAAAGUGCUUUUUGAUAAAACUGUAAUUAUUAUAAUAAUUAUUUUGUAUAAUAUUGUUCCUCUCCGAAUCCACUCUAAAAACUUGCAUGUGCCAGCUUUUAAAGUUUGAAUAAAUAUUUGGUAAACUAUCUUAGAGAAAAUCCUAUGAAUAUAUUUAAUGUCUUAAACACAUUGCUUUAGAAAUAUGUCUUUGGAAAACAUCAACG